UUUCAGUCCCUUAAGGUCGUUGUAUAGAAAAGAGCGGCUAAUUUGGCUCAGUCUAAACUGCCUGAUAUGUCCAUCGAUCCUCAGGGCAAUGAAGUUGGAAAGCUAUUUGUGGGAGGGCUGCAUCAGUCUACAACUAAUGACUCCCUUAAACUAUACUUUUCGAAAUUCGGAGAUAUUGAAGAGUCGACAGUUAUGAUGGACAACAGAACCGGUCGAUCAAGAGGCUUCGGUUAUGUCAAGUUUAAAAACGAUGAAUCUGUCGAUUGGGUUCUGAGACAAAAAACUCACCUUAUUGACCUUAAAGAAGUCGAUCCUAAACGGUGCAAUGUUAACAUGAAAGGAAAGAAUCGUCGUAGCCUCAAGGUGUUUGUUGGGGGAAUCGCCUUUGAUCAUGAUGAAAAUAUAAUUAGGAAUUUCUUUUCUAGCUAUGGAAGGGUUACCGACGUUAACUUACUAGCAGGCCAAACCAAACCACGCCAUAGAGGCUUUGCAUUUGUUGGGUUUGACGAUGAAGAGGUGGUUAGGAAUCUCAUCAAACUGCACUACUUAAACCUGAAUGGGAAACAGGUUGAAAUAAAAGCAAUGAAACCACCUAAUACUCAGAAGUCUGACUACCAGGUCUCUUCUAACUCAGUACCAUCUGCUCAAGGAAACGGACGUCCUGUUCGUAGUGUUCAAAAGAAACAAUAUGUUACAUCUCAAUCCAAUGGUUCCUGUGCAACCUGGAGUCACUGGCCUGGAAACUGGGGUUCUCAUGGGCAACCUCAAACUUGGCCUUCUUUAGGAUGGGCUAAUGCAAAUCCCAAUCCUCCACAUAAUGGCCAAACUGGAGUUGGUCCUGGCCCUCCUCUACAAAAUAUUGGUACACCACUGGGAAACUGGCCUAAUCAUUCUAUCAAUUCUACAAAUGGUUGGAUGCCUGCAGCUUGGGGUCACCAAAUCGCUGCACCUACGACGGCAAGUCGCAUUCAUACAUUAAAUGAUGACUCACUAUACAAUCAACAAUCUGUACACAAGUCUCAGCCCGGUUGGGAUUCGAUCUGUUUAGCUCCGCUGGGGACUGUACCUGGUUCUGGGCAUAAUUCUCUUGAUCCAUUGGUCAAUUCCAUUGACUCUUGGAAUCAUUCAGCUGCUGCUGGUCUUUGCCAACUAGCUCCACCUUCUUUAAGUUCAAGUUUGGCCUUGGGAGCUCCAUCGAUUGUUCCCGGCGGCUGGAAUCACGGUAAUGCCGUAUCACGUUCUCUGAACAGUCACUGGACAGGACCUACUUCCUCCGUUAUUCCAGGUCCUAGGCCGCCCAACCAUUUGGCUGCUGGUUAUAUUAACGAAGCACUCCCUACACAUCAAAAUGGAGCUUCUAUAUCCGGAAUGGCAACAGCUGCUGCGAUUGGUCUUGGUAACUCCCCUGGUUGUCCGCCGAUGCCUAAUUGGUCAUCAACAGGAUCUGUAGAUCCAAGUAAUAUAAAAUUAAAUGAAUCAUUGUACAGAACGUCUGCUGGUUGUAAUUUUUCUUCUACUCGUGGCGCAGUACCAAAUCAAACUGGUCUCAAUUUAUCCCAUCCAGGUACACUUGCUCCAAAUGGUUUACUCUCCGGUGAUUGGUGUUGUGCUAUGCCUACAAAUAAUAUAGGUUCAUCACGUGUAGCGUCUAACAACAAUAACUUUCGUCUACCAAUAUCACAUAUGUGUAAACGAUAAAAUUAAAACAUCAUUAAGAAGAUAAAUUAAGUAUUGCUAUCUUUAUAAUUUCUCUGUGUGACUGUCUGUCUGUACGAUGUGGCAGUUUCUUUCUGUACAUUCUUACCACAUAAUAUUUAUCUUUAAAAAUAUACAAAUGGUUUAAUCUAUUCAUCAGAAUGUAACCUUAACUCUCCCCUUCCCCAGUGAAAGUUUACAUGAAUCUUGGAUCAUUGAAAUACUAAUAUGAACAAUUAUUUCUACUACUACUUUUAUUGAAUUUCAGUAACAUACGUGUAUUCUUCCAUUUUAUCAUUAUAGGAUCCUGAUGCUUCUGUAAUUUACUAUAUUUAUGCCUUAGUAUGUGUAUGUGUUUGUUCGCAUUUGCUAAUUGGAUCUCAUCUUAAUGGGACUGUCUUUUAAGGCAAAUGAUGCAUAUUUACAUUACAUCUUAUCAAUAUAUGUAUACUUAUGCGGUUACUAUUAUUAUUUAGUGUGAACAUUCUAAUUUUUCCCGCCCUUUUAUUUACCUGUAAAUCUCCUAAUUGUCUUCCUGGGAUUUACAACAACAACCUUGCAUUUUUUGUCAUGAUAAAACAAAUCUCUUCUGUUCUGUUGUUGUCAUCAUAGUAAUUGCAAUACAUUUAUAUAUAUUUCCGUCUCUGUCCUAUAUCUUUAACAUUUCUUCCUUUUUUCUCUACCUUUCUGUCUGAUCCACACAACGUGUUAUUUUGUGUAUGUUUGUCUUUGUAUGUGCACGUGUACAGCGGUGUUUUACUAUUCCAUAUGCUAUAAUUAUUAUAUUUUUUUCCAAUGAGUUGGAUUUAAUGGGAUAAAGACAACCAUGUAGUUUACCAUAUAUUCGACGUACAUGAUUAUAUUUUGUAUAAUGAGUCAAAUAUUUGUAUGGUUACUUGAGAUGUAUGCGUGUGCACUUUUAAUGUUAAUGGCUGAUUGCCUUCAACAAUAAGGAAGUUGAUAAAGCGUGUUUUUUUUACCACAUGUUUUUGCGUAUGUGCUGUAUUGCUACUAUUAUUAUUUAAUUAGUCAAUCUUUUUUGUUUUUCAAUUUUUAUUUAAGUAAUUAGUCUAUUUAUUUAUUUAUUUACUUACAAUUUGUUAUUUAUUAUUAUUUUCCUUGAUUGCUUUUCUCUUCUAAAGUCAUUAUUGUUAAAUUAUUUUUUAUCGUUAUUAUUAUUAUUUAUUAUCUGUUCGUUAAUUUAUUUAUUUAAUAAUAUGAAUUAUAUUUGUAUCAUGAUCAUUCAUAGUGCUAUGGUCUAAUUGUCAUAAUUAUUAAUUAAUUUUACUAUAGUAGUAUAAAUAAUGUUGUUGAUCUGAAUUUGAUUUUUAUUUAUUUUAU